AUGGGUCAAGAAUUUUUGUCCUUGUUUCAUCUGGAAACAAAGAGAUUACUAUGGCUUAUUGGUUUUACUUUUGCUGUGAUCAUUACUUUUCAGUAUCUUGAGAUAAUUCCAUAUGGUAAUGCUGUACUCUCUCUAUUCUCUGCGGAUAAGAUACCAACAUCUACAUCUCCAUCACCUAAAUUGGAAAUUGUUAGCAAUGCAACAACAAUUGGAAGCCUACCAAACAAAUCUAUACUAUUUGAUGAGUCUGAUAACAUUACUAGGACAGGUUUUAGUAAUUUGACAAAUGGUUCUGGAGCAAUAAACAUUACACCUGAAAAGGCACCAGCACAUUUAACUCCUCCACCUUCUAGUCCUGCAACAAAUGAGACCACUUCUGCAGUGUUAUCAACAAAUGAUGACAAAGAGCCUUCUAAGGUCACAUCUGUAUCUGAAAUGACCAAGUUAUUGCUUCAAACUCAUGCUUCCAAUCGUUCUAUGAGGCCAAGGUGGUUUUCAGCUGUUGAUCAAGAGUUAGUGCAGGCCAGAUUAGAGAUUGAAAAUGCUCCAAUCAUAGAGAAUGAUCCAGAUCUUUAUGCUCCCAUUUAUCAAAAUGUUUCCAUGUUCAAGAGGAGCUAUGAAUUAAUGGAAGAGACUCUCAAAGUGUAUGUGUACAGAGAAGGAGAUAAACCCAUAUUGCAUUCACCAUCUCUGACAGGAAUAUAUGCUUCUGAGGGAUGGUUCAUGAGGCAUAUGGAAGCUGAUUAUCAAACAUUUGCAACUCAAGACCCAAACAAGGCUCACCUCUUUUACUUACCUUUCAGUUCUCGUAGGCUAUUGCAAACUUUGUAUGUAAAGGGAGAAGAAUCACAUAGUUUUGACAUCAUGGUUCAAUAUCUUCAUGAUUACGUCGACCGGAUUUCCCGGAAACAUCCUUUCUGGAACCGAACUGGAGGUGCUGAUCAUUUCCUUGUUGGAUGCCAUGAUUGGGUCCCAGCAGAAACAAAGGAGCGCCUAUCUAACUGCAUAAGGGCCCUGUGCAAUGCUGAUGUGAAACAAGGUUUUGUGUUUGGUAAGGACGUAUCACUUCCUGAAACGUUGGUCCACACUGCUUCGCACCCUGCUAGGGACAUUGGUGGAUAUCCACCUACACAGAGGACAACACUGGCCUUCUUCGCGGGGAGAAUGCACGGUUAUGUGAGGCCGAUAUUGCUGCAACACUGGGAGAAUAAAGAUCCUGACAUGAAAAUCUUUGGGAAAUUGCCAAAGGUUCAGGGAAACAGGAACUACAUUGAGUACAUGAAGAGCAGCAAGUACUGCAUUUGUGCCAAAGGGUAUGAGGUGAACAGUCCGCGAGUUGUGGAAGCCAUUUCCUUUGAGUGUGUUCCAGUUAUUAUAUCUGAUGAUUUUGUGCCACCCUUUUUUGAGGUUUUGAAUUGGGAGUCCUUUGCUGUUAUUGUUUUGGAGAAGGACAUUCCAAAUUUGAAAAAUAUACUACUUUCUAUCCCUGAUAAGAGGUAUCUUACAAUGCUCAAGAGGGUGAAAAAGGUACAACAGCAUUUCCUUUGGCAUAAGCACGUCCCUGUCAAGUAUGAUGUAUUUCACAUGAUACUUCAUUCUAUAUGGUACAAUAGAGUCUUCUCUGCCACGGGUAGAUAACAUGGAUAUAUGGUAGGAAUAGAUUCAUAGCUUUUUUUAUCUUCUUCUUCUUUAGAGAAGUGUAUCGACGGCUUCUUGUACCAAUUUUUCUGGUCACAUUACUAAUUUUCUCGGCGUAAAUCUACUUGUUGUCAAUAGAUUGAUAAACUUAUUGUUCCA